AUGGUCAGAGGAGCCCGGCAGCCCCAGCAGCCGCGGAGUCGCCUGGCCCCCAGACUGACUGGCACAGUGGAGAAACCACCCCGAAAACGGAAAAGCAGAACUGAAUUUGCUCUUAAAGAAAUCAUGUCGUCUGGCGGUGCUGAAGAUGACAUCCCACAGGGAGAGAGGAAAACAGUGACAGAUUUUUGUUACCUUCUGGAUAAAUCUAAGCAACUGUUCAAUGGGUUGAGAGAUUUGCCACAAUAUGGACAGAAGCAGUGGCAGUCCUAUUUUGGAAGAACUUUUGAUGUUUACACCAAACUGUGGAAAUUCCAGCAGCAGCAUCGACAAGUCUUGGAUAAUCGGUAUGGCUUGAAGCGGUGGCAAAUAGGGGAAAUUGCUUCUAAGAUUGGGCAGCUAUACUACCAUUAUUACCUACGCACAUCUGAGACCAGCUAUCUGAAUGAGGCUUUCUCCUUCUAUUCUGCAAUCAGACAGAGAUCUUACUAUUCUCAAGUCAAUAAAGAGGACAGACCUGAGUUGGUAGUUAAGAAGCUACGAUACUAUGCAAGAUUUAUAGUAGUUUGUCUUCUUCUCAACAAAAUGGAUGUUGUGAAGGAUCUGGUAAAGGAACUGUCAGAUGAAAUUGAAGAUUAUACUCACCGCUUUAAUACUGAAGAUCAAGUGGAAUGGAACCUGGUACUUCAAGAAGUAGCAGCUUUCAUUGAGGCGGACCCUGUAAUGGUAUUAAAUGAUGAUAAUACCAUUGUUAUCACAUCUAAUCGCCUUGCUGAAACGGGAGCCCCAUUGCUGGAACAAGGCAUGAUUGUGGGACAGUUGUCUCUGGCUGAUGCACUCAUUAUUGGUAAUUGUAAUAACCAGGUUAAGUUCAGUGAACUAACUGUUGACAUGUUCCGGAUGUUACAAGCCCUGGAAAGGGAGCCAAUGAAUUUAGCUUCCCAGAUGAAUAAACCAGGAAUGCAGGAAUCAGCUGACAAGCCUACCAGGCGAGAAAACCCCCACAAGUAUCUGCUCUACAAACCAACCUUCAGCCAACUAUACACUUUCUUAGCAGCAUCUUUUAAGGAGCUGCCUGCCAAUAGCGUGCUUCUGAUUUACCUGUCAGCCACUGGCGUUUUCCCCACAGGUCGUUCUGAUAGUGAAGGUCCUUAUGAUUUUGGAGGGGUACUUACUAAUAGUAACCGAGAUAUUAUAAAUGGAGAUGCCAUCCACAAACGAAAUCAGUCCCACAAAGAAAUGCAUUGCCUCCAUCCUGGAGAUCUCUACCCCUUCACAAGGAAGCCGCUGUUCAUCAUUGUGGAUUCGUCCAACAGUGUUGCUUACAAGAAUUUCACAAACUUAUUUGGACAGCCACUAGUCUGCUUGCUUUCUCCUACAGCCUAUCCAAAAGCUUUACAAGAUCAAUCUCAACGAGGUAGCCUGUUCACUCUCUUUUUGAACAAUCCUCUAAUGGCCUUCCUAUUUGUCUCUGGACUGUCAAGCAUGCGUAGAGGCCUAUGGGAAAAGUGUCAAGAAUAUCUUCGAAAAAUCAACCGCGACAUUGCCCAGCUACUGACCCAUUCACGUUCAAUAGAUCAGGCAUUUCUCCAGUUUUUUGGAGAUGAAUUUCUUCGCUUGCUUCUCACAAGAUUUAUCUUUUGUUCAGCCACCAUGAGGAUGCACAAGAUUUUUCGGGAAACACGGAAUUACCCAGAAUCAUAUCCACAACUGCCAAGGGAUGAAACAGUGGAGAACCCUCAUCUCCAGAAGCACAUUUUGGAAUUAGCAUCCAUUCUGGAUGUGCGAAACGUGUUCCUUGAGAAUACCAUAGACGACUAUUAA